AUGUGGGUAAGCCCGCCCAUACUUUUGGGCGCUGCAGCCCACGAUACGGUAAUGCACAUCUUUGCCCUAUGCCGUAAGCCCCCUCUCCUGCAUACCUCGACACACUACUUAUCCACACCCUCUCCGAGGGACUGGCACGCAUUUAAAGCCGAAGAAGAACACUUCAGUAUGACUGCAGUAUCCCGAACACUGUCGGGGAUGAGGCGGCGUCAAUCGUAAUUGGUUCUCACCUCGCACGAUGACACCUCGUCGACUCAUCGGCACAGAAGCUGGCUAAGGGCUGCGAAAACUUUUAUAACGUCGGCCUCAGCCGCUUUCCUCCCUUUCGCUUAUCUAACUUCUAUUUGACCCGAUUCUCUCACUCGUGUCUGCGACGCGAAGGCAUUCAGUCAAUCAAUCAGUCUCCCAUGUCUACAAUUCUAUCGGGGGUCGAGCCAGAAUGAGCGAGAACGUAGUGGUGCCGACGCUUCCCGCCGAGAAUGGCAUACAUGUGUGGAGGACGGCCAUAGUGAUGCCUUUCAUCACUUUCAUAUUCGUGCUUAUAAGAUUCUACUGCAGGAGCUACGUCGUAAGGCGGCCGUGGGGUAUCGAUGACUAUGUGGUCGCGGCGACGAUGGUUAGUAUCAUCGUCCAUGCCAUACUCAUGGGAAUUGCCACCUAUCACGGCAUGGGCUUGCACAUAUGGCAAUUCACUCCGGAGCUCAAUUCGGAAUACUAUCUAUGGAUUGGGAUCUCGUCGGAAUUCUACGUGACGAGUCUGGCAGGCUUCAAAUGCGCAUUGCUCCUGCUGUAUCUGCAGCUCUUCGGCGUCAACCAGAAAUUCAGGAUAGCGUGCUAUCUCACCAUGUUCUACACGCUCGGCUACCUGACCUGCAAUGCCCUUACCGAGUUUUUCGGCUGUCACCCUAUCGCGAAGAAAUGGGAUAUGGACCUCCCCGGAUGGUGUAUCAACCGAGUCGUGGCCAAUAUCAUUUACGGGGCUGGCCAUAUGACAAGCGACCUCAUUAUCGGUAUCUUGCCCCUAGUUAUGGUGUGGAGGCUACAGUUUCGAACGACCAGGCAGAAGAUAGGGCUCAGCCUUGUGCUUGGUUGUGGUCUUGUCGCCUGGGCCGUAGCCUGUGUUCGCUGGGCAAUCUCGACGUAUGACUCGCUAUCCUACGACCGGCCUUGGUGGUCCGGGAUCAGCUUUACCUUUUCCAUUCUCGAAGUGAACACAGGUCUCAUAUGUGCCUGCGCGGCGACCUUCGGUCCGUUAUUCAACAACUUCUCUACGCAACUUCGAUCCUGGUCCGAUCGAGCGACGGCAAGCUUACACAACAACUCCCGAAAAACAACAGCGAGUUGGCGCAGCUCUCAACACGACAGGGACCAACCGACUUAUAGACACAAUAGCCUUUCAGGCGACCUACCCCUGAUGCCACCUGCCGCCCAUAUAAAAGGCAAUAUUAACAAUAGCUCAGAAGAUGGUUCAUAUCGCAUGGAACCAAUCGUGACCUCGAAUGCAAUACCAUCACCGCCGAGCGCUAAGUCGGACGACGAGUUCUCCCGGUUCGACCUUCAAGGACUACAAGCACUGCAUCUAGAGGAUGGAAGGAUAGUGUAAAAGCAGACAUACCGGUGCACCCAAGGCAUUCACUCAUCCUACCACUACACAUGCACCCCCUUUUCAAGUUAUGACUGGUGUCCUACAGCUUCAUCCAUAGGCGUAUGAAACACAUAUAACAAGCAUCGGGACGGUUCCGUGCUUCGCCUCCACAGCUAUCAUAGUACGGCAUAGCUAAGCCGGGCCGUGCCGUUAUGGCUUACAUGGUCGAUUAUUUUUAGGGCUGGGGAGGGGGGGCGUAUUUGAUAUACUUAUCCGCAACUCAAUCGAAAUAGCGUCGGGAGGAUUAAGGAGAAAGUUUGGGGGCGUUCACAGCGAGGAAAAAAAGAAAAAAAGGAUUCAUGGCUUCAGGUUUGCAAAUAGAAUAUAUUAUAAAUACCCCGUUAGCGGUUAGGGCGGCUAAUUCAGGUUCGAAAAAAGAAAAAAAAUAGGAAAAGGAAAAGAACUAUGAAUAAAUAAUAGCAGGUACCUAACCUAAGGUACCUGUUGUUGCA